UUUGUUGGAAUGAGUGGUUGAGGAUUAAGGAGCAGGGAGGCUGGACUAGGGGACCACAGGAUUGGGAUUGGAGGACGUGGGCAGGACUGGAUUAUUGUUGUGCUGGACUGCAGGAAACAGGCUGGAAUUGGUGACUAACUUAGAUGUGUGGAGCUGGACCUCCAGAGUAAGAAUCAAACUACUAAAAGCUAAAGAAGUGUGUGUUUUCUGCUGCACUGUGAAUACUGGGACCAUUGAGACUGGUGGUGAAGUCAACUCAGCGGACGGCAUCUUUCUCUGUGCCUGAUGACCUGAGUCCAGAGGAGAGACAGGAGCUGGAAAGCAUCCGCCGCAGAAAACAAGAGCUACUGCACGACAUACAAAGGCUGAAGGAUGAGAUAGCAGAGGUGACCAAUGAGAUUGAAAGCCUGGGUCUGACUGAAGAGAGGAAAAGCAUGCAGAGGAAUAAACAGAUGGCCAUGGGCCGGAAGAAGUUCAACAUGGAUCCCAAGAAGGGGAUUCGCUUCUUGAUCGACAGCUCUCUCCUGAAAAACACCAGCGAUGACAUUGCCAAGUUUCUCUACAAGGGGGAGGGGCUUAAUAAAACGGCCAUUGGCGACUACCUCGGGGAGAGAGAUGACUUCAACAUCGCGGUGCUGCACGCCUUCCUGGAGUUACACGAGUUCACAGACCUGAACCUGGUUCAGGCUCUUAGGCAGUUCCUGUGGAGCUUCAGGCUGCCCGGUGAGGCCCAGAAGAUCGACCGCAUGAUGGAGGCGUUUGCCCAGAGAUACUGCCGAUGCAACCCGGGAGUGUUUCAGAGCACAGAUACGUGUUACGUGUUGUCGUUCGCUGUGAUCAUGUUGAACACCAGCCUACACAACCCCAACGUGAAGGACAAACCGACGGUUCAGAGAUUCACGGCGAUGAACAGAGGCAUCAACGAUGGAGGAGACCUGCCGGAGGAGCUGCUCAGGAAUCUGUACGACAGCAUCAAGAACGAACCCUUCAAGAUCCCAGAGGACGAUGGGAACGACCUCACACACACCUUCUUCAACCCCGACAGAGAAGGAUGGCUGCUCAAACUCGGAGGAGGACGAGUGAAGACCUGGAAGAGACGCUGGUUCAUUCUCACAGAUAACUGCCUCUACUACUUUGAAUACACAACUGAUAAGGAACCCAGAGGAAUCAUUCCACUGGAAAAUCUGAGUAUCAGAGAAGUCGAUGACUCCAAGAAACCGAACUGCUUCGAGCUCUACAUCCCCGACCACAAAGAUCAGGUGAUCAAGGCCUGCAAGACGGAGGCAGACGGCCGCGUCGUCGAAGGAAACCACACCUUUUACAGAAUCUCUGCCCCGACCGCAGAGGAGAAGGACGAAUGGAUCAACAGCAUCAAAGCUGCCAUCAGUAAAGACCCGUUCUACGAGAUGCUGGCUGCUCGUAAGAAGAAGGUGUCGUCUCUGAAGGGGCUGUAGAGGAUUAAACGAGCUUUGACUUUACGACUGGACCUGAUGCUCGUGGACCUGCCACGCUUUUCACAGAAGCCCCUCCUCCGUCCUCCUCAGACUUCAGGUGUGACCUUCUGUUGAAAGCUUCAUUUCCCAAUCAGAGACGAAACGAUUCCGUCUUUUUAUCUUCAAACAUCUCCCUCUGAACACUGUACUCCUGCAGCACUCUGUCGCUGACGUGUCCGAUUCACCUCAGAGACUCGCAAUGAGUUACAGCUGAUGAAUGAAUCACAUCAUACGUUAAUGUGAUUCAGAGCCUAAAAUACUUAAGUUUACAAGCAAUCGGUUGGUUUUCCAGGCGUGGAUUGAACCUCAAUAAUCGGCUGAAACACUUAUGAAGAUAUCGACUGGAAAAAAAAAAAAGUUUGGGGCCGAUCAUGUUUUGGAUGCUGGACUUCAUCGUCUUCUCUGAUUUUGCAUAAAAUGCUUUUUUUUUUCUAAGCCUGUUUUCUUACUGCUGUCGGUCCUUCGUCAAAGCACUGUUGAUGAAAAUGAAGGUAAAGGCUAAAUAGCUAAAUAUUUAUUUAUCCAGAUUUCUUGUAAUUUAUUGUUCUAAGUUUUGUCUCAUUAAAAGUUUGCAAAUCGAUAUUUAA